AUGAUCGCGAAACAGGCCGAGAGGGCUAAGAAACAGCGGAAAAUAAUCGAAAACAGGAGGGCGGAACAACACAAGGCAAAUGCUGACAGGAGGAUGGAGGAAAGGGAUGUAGAGCGGGUAGAGGAAAGGGAUGCAGAGCGGGUAGAGGAAAGGGAUGCAGAGCGGGUAGAGGAAAGGGAUGCAGAGCGGGUAGAGGAAAGGGAUGCAGAGCGGGUAGAGGAAAGGGAUGCAGAGCGGGUAGAGGAAAGGGAUGCAGAGCGGGUAGAGGAAAGGGAUGCAGAGCGGGUAGAGGAAAGGGAUGCAGAGCGGGUAGAGGAAAGGAAUGCAGAGCGGGUAGAGGAAAGGGAUGUAGUGCGGGUAGAGGAAAGGGAUGCAGAGCGGGUAGAGGAAAGGGAUGCAGAGCGGGUAGAGGAAAGGGAUGCAGAGCGGGUAGAGGAAAGAGCGGAGCGGGUAGAGGAAAGGGAUGCAGAGCGGGUAGAGGAAAGGGAUGUAGUGCGGGUAGAGGAAAGGGAUGCAGAGCGGGUAGAGGAAAGGGAUGCAGAGCGGGUAGAGGAAAGGGAUGCAGAGCGGGUAGAGGAAAGGGAUGCAGAGCGGGUAGAGGAAAGGGAUGUAGUGCGGGUAGAAGAAAAGGGAUGCAGAGCGGACAUGACACAUGAAAAACGCCGCGCUAAACAUUAG